AAGGUUUUGGAGAUUACCGAUUUUGUGGCCAAAGAUUCAUCUCUUUAUUCAUUUGUCCGAGCUCCUCGACCCUUGAUUAUGAUCAGAUUCAUCAGAGUCUUCCUCAAGUUUUCAAUGCCUAAAGCAAGGAUACACCAGAUUUUCAAAAGAUCAUCUCAACAGAUUUAUAAUGUAACACUUUUCUUCCUCUUCUUCAUGACUCUUUAUGGUUUACUUGGUGUUCAAUUGUUUGGUCCAUUAACUCGCCAUUGUGUUGUCAAUGGCACCAAUCCAUCGCAACUUCACCUUAAUCAUCUUGCCAUUCCAGAUGCUCAUUGUUCACAUGAUGGAAUACAUGGCCAUAAAUGUCCAGAAGGAAUGGAAUGCAUGGAAUUAGCAUUAGAGAAAAAGAUUCUUGGUUAUACCGGAUUUGAUCAUAUUUUUCACUCUUUUUUCACCGUUUAUCAAGUUUCAUCUCAAGAAGGUUGGUCUCACCUAAUGUACCAAGCAAUGGAUUCCCUUCCAGCCUGGAGAGCGGCAGCUUAUUUUAUAACAAUGAUCUUUUUUCUGGCCUGGUUGGUUAAAAAUGUCUUUAUUGCCGUAAUUACGGAAACCUUCAAUGAGAUUCGUGUCCAGUUUCAACAAAUGUGGGGUGAAAGAGUAACAAUAACACCAGAGGCAACACCGCAAAUAUUACGAGGUGAUGAUUCGGGUUGGAAAUUGAUUGAGGUUGACGAAAACCAUAGUGGUGGUAAAUUUCGUGCUCCACGCUGUUUACGACAAUUUAUUCAAACAGCAGCCUUUCAAGUGAUUGUAAUGAUGGGAAUUGUAGUUGAUGCCAUUGCUGCUGCUUCCGUGUCCUUUGAACAUGAUGGUCGACCUCGGUGGGAAUUUUAUAAAUCUUAUUAUUAUGCAGAGAUAGCAAUGACUAUAUUUUUUGACAUUGAGCUGUUGUUGAAGCUCUGGUGUUAUGGAGCAAAAGGUUACUAUCGCUUAACCUUUCACAAAUUUGAAUUAACUCUGGCAGUCAUGACAACUCUACACAUUAUUCCAAAUUUGUUUCUUUCAAUGUUGGCCUUUUUUCAAGUUCUCAGAGUUAUCCGGUUAAUCAAAGCUUCACCUGUUCUAGAAGACUUUGUCUCCAAAAUUUUUGGUCCUGGUAAAAAAUUGGGUUCUCUAAUAAUCUUUACAAUGUGUCUACUGAUUAUCAUUUCUUCCAUUUCCAUGCAACUUUUUUGUUCUCUCAAGUAUUACAACAAAUUUCGUACAUUUCCAGAGGCUUUCAUGUCAAUGUUUCAAAUAUUAACCCAAGAAGGUUGGACUGAGGUGAUGAAUGAGACAAUGUUACGAACCAAGGAAUCGUUUGCUCCACUAGUUGCUGUUUACUUGAUUACUUAUCAUCUUUUUGUUUCACUGAUUGUUCUUUCUCUUUUUGUCGCCGUUAUCCUGGACAACUUGGAAUUGGAUGAGGAUAUAAAAAAGGUCAAACAGUUGAAGGCACGAGAACAAUCAGCUUCAAUUAGUGAAGCGCUUCCACUGCGAUUAAGAGUCUUUGAAAGAUUUCCCGAUUCUCCUCAGAUGGCCAAGUUAAACGUUAUUUCAUCUGAGUUUGUUUUACCCAAAGUCCGUGAAUCUUUUAUGCGAUCAUUUAUUGAUGACGAAGAAGAAGAAACUCCGUCAAUGAAGAAAAUUGCUCCUGAUCAAGACGCAUUGAUUACCUAUAGAAAAAGCUUUCCCAUUCGCCUAUUAACUUCACCUGCUAAAGUGAGAACCACCAACUUUGUAAUCAGGAAAAGCUCAGUUAACCGAAUUGUUAAUGAUUCAAAUUAUCAUCGUUUGUUGAUUGGUGAUUCUGGACAAAUUUUUGUUCCCGGUAAAAAUCAAAGGAUUGGUGAUCAGUGUGGAACCAAGUUAACUCGUUAUGAUGCUAAAUCAAUGAGACGAUCAGUGAGAGGUUCAAUCAAAAUGAAACAUACUUAUGAUCAUUUAAAGGAAAAUGGUGGAGAGAUAACUGAUAAUCCUGCUGCUGGUGCAACUGCUCGUAAUCCUCAUGAUUUUGACAUCAAAUUGUUGCAAAGGAAGAGACAACAAGCUGAAAUGAAAAGGAACCAACGAGAAGAAGAUCUUAGGGAAAACCAUCCUUUCUUUGAUACUCCAUUGUUUCUUGUUGGAAGAGAAAGUCGAUUCAGACGAAUCUGCCAAUUCAUUGUUUAUUCACGUUAUGACCCUAGGAUUAGAGACCCUGUUACAGGAAAAGAAAGAAAAAUUCGUUACAAAGGAAUUCACAAUUUACUCGGUUUAGUAACUUAUCUGGACUGGAUAAUGAUAAUUGUGACAACCUUAAGUUGUAUAUCAAUGAUGUGUGAGAAGCCACAUUAUAGAAUAGCAAACAAUUCUGAACUUCAAAUCAUGGAAUACGUUUUUGUGACAAUGAUGGCUAUUGAACUGUCUCUGAAAACUUUGGCUGAUGGUCUUUUAUUCACACCUAAAGCUUUGGUCAAAGAUGUUACCGGAAUCAUGGAUCUUUUCAUAUUCACAGUCUCUUGUGUAUUCAUCUCUUGGAUGCCCGAAAAGGUUGAACCAAGUUCAAAACAACAAGCAAUUUUGCUUCUUCGAUGCAUUCGUCCACUUCGAAUCUUCAGUCUUGUUCCUCACAUGAGAAAAGUGGUUUACGAAUUAUGUCGGGGUUUCAAAGAGAUUGCACUUGUCUCCGUUUUACUGUGUGUCCUACUAUUUACAUUUGCCUGUUAUGGUGUCCACAUGUUUGGUGGUCGAUUGGCUCGUUGUAAUGAUCCUGAUAUCAAUACACCGGAAGAGUGUGUUGGUGUGUUUUUCCGACGUCUUUUUGUAACCAAAAUGAAAGUCAGUUCACCGCCAGAUGAUGAAAAUUAUCCUGAAAUUUUGGUUCCUCGAGUUUGGGCUAAUCCUCGGCGAUUUAACUUUGAUAGCAUUGGCAAUGCAAUGUUAGCAUUGUUUGAAGUGCUUUCCUUCAAAGGCUGGUUGGAUAUUCGAGAUGUUAUACUCCAGCGACUUGGCCCUGUUUAUACAAUUUAUAUUCAUGUUUAUGUUUUCCUUGGCUCAAUGAUUGGAUUAACAUUGUUUGUUGGUGUUGUUAUCGCCAAUUAUGGUGAAAAUAAAGGAACAGCUCUAUUGACUGUCGACCAAAGACGAUGGUGUGAUCUUAAAAAGCGUCUGAAAAUUGCUCAACCUUUACACCUUCCACCAAGACCCGAUCACCACAAGAUCAGAGCAUUUUUCUAUGAUAUAACGCAACACAUUGCAUUUAAACGUCUUAUCGCCAUCCUCGUUUUAACGAACAGUUCACUUCUCUGUGUAAGCUGGGACAAGAAUGCAAGUCAUACAGUCCCAUUGGCCACUGUUUCUUCCGUCCUAACAAUGAUGUUUACCAUCGAAGUUCUAAUCAAAGCAAUCGCCUUUACUCCGAGAGGUUACUGGCAAUCAAGGCGUAAUCGUUAUGAUCUUUUAGUGACAGUUUUAGGUGUUGUCUGGGUCAUUUUACACUACACAUUAAUGAAUGAAAUCAGCUAUUCAUUUGGCUUUAUCGUGGUCAUUUUACGCUUUUUCACCAUCACGGGUAAACACGCAACACUCAAAAUGCUGAUGCUCACUGUGGCAGUUUCCGUUUACAAAUCCUUUUUCAUCAUUAUGGGAAUGUUUCUCCUCAUCCUUUUCUAUGCUCUAAUGGGAGUCAUCCUUUUUGGAACAGUUAAACAUGGUGAAGCUAUUGGAAGACACGCCAAUUUUAGGACUGCUAUACAUGGUAUCAUAACUCUAUUCCGAAUUGUUACUGGUGAAGAUUGGAAUAAAAUAAUGCAUGAUUGCAUGAUCAGUUAUCCUUAUUGUACACCUGGUGAUAAUUACUGGGAAACUGAUUGUGGCAAUUUUAAAUUUUCAUUGCUUUAUUUUUGCUCCUUUUAUGUUAUCAUUACCUACAUUGUUCUUAAUUUAUUAGUGGCCAUUAUUAUGGAAAACUUUUCACUUUUCUAUUCAAACGAGGAAGAUGCUUUGUUGAGUUAUGCUGAUAUCAGAAAUUUUCAGAAUACCUGGAAUAUGGUCGAUACCCAACAAAGAGGAAUGAUUCCUGUUAACAGGGUUAAAUUUUUACUUCGAUUGUUAAAAGGUCGUUUGGAAGUUGAUUUGGAAAAGGACAAGUUGCUGUUUAAACACAUGGUACACGAAAUGGAGAGACUUCACAAUGGUGAAGAUGUUACGUUUCACGAUGUUAUUAGCAUGUUGUCCUAUCGAUCUGUUGAUAUUCGUAAAAGUUUACAAUUAGAAGAGUUAAUGGCCCGAGAAGAAUUAGAAUAUAUUAUUGUUGAAGAAGUAGCCAAGAAAACGAUUCGUUCAUGGUUAGAUAAAUGUUUCCGUCGCAUAAAACUAUUGAAAAAUUCAUCAAGUUUAAUACAAAACUUGAGAGCAACAAAUGCACUUCUUUACGAGAAACUCGCAGAAGGAACAAGCUUGGGACUAGAAGAGCCUUCACCAGAGAGGAGAAGGUCAAUCAAAGAGGAAAAAGUGACCGAAGAUGUUAAUAAAGAAAUAGUUGCCUCUCACGGUGAAAUUGGAAGCUCAAGUACCCUGGUUUCAGCCGGUGGAAUGGGCCAAGGUGGAAUGUCAAGCUCAAUGUCGGGUGGAACAAGUGGAUCUUCAUUGGGUGGAGGGCAAGGUGGUCACAUCAGUGGAGGAAUGGGAAGUGGUUUAACUGUUGGAGGUGUUAGUGGCCAAUCAGGAGCUGCUGAUGCUGGCUUGACAACUUCACGGUGGACCAAGAAAAAGCCUCCAAGUAGAUCGGAGAGCUUGAAUACUCCAUUUCCAGGAGCUUCUGGUAAAGGAACUUCCAUGGCUGGUAAAAAGUUUCUCGCACCGAGUAACAUGGAUGGUUCUCGAGGUAAAGAUAAGACCAAUGAUUUGUUAACAUUGAAAGGAGCAACCAGCAAAUGGACAAGUAAAAUCAAUGGAGGAAUGAGUGGAGCAUCAAACGCUUCAGGUGAUCCUAGCAACGAUUCUAAUAUUGUAAUGAGUCCAAGUGGUGUUGGAUCAUCUAUUGGAACUGGUGUUAUCAAUAAUCAAGGAAUUUUAGCCUCUAAUGAAAUGAAUGAUGACGAUGGUGACACUGGAGAUAAAUGGUUAUCCUUUUCAGUGGCUCAUUGUAAAAAAAAUACAAACUUACCCAAAGUAUCAUCGUUGGUUGAUGAAGUGCAUGCUUGGUGGUCAUGUCAACUUGAAAACCAUAAAACUAAAAAUACAUCGACAUCAGCAGAUUGUGCUGCUUAUUAAAUUUUAUUUUAAGUCCAAAUUGUUCAAACUUGCCAAAACAAUCCGCUUCCAUUAUUAUAAAGAUUAAAAUUUUAGCAAAUGAGAUUACAGUUCCAUGUAAAUCUACCAACACUAAGAAUCAUUAACAUUAAAAUCAUUUUGAUAAAAUUAAAA